GGACAAGAAAACAAGUAUUAGCCGAGGCAACUGCAAUGGCUCGAGAACUUACUGUGCGACAGCUGUCUGGGAACGAUGAGGCAUUCGCAGUCCCGAAAGACAUCACAGUCCGUGAGUUCAAGCGGCAGAUUCACAGGUGGCUGCCCUGCGCCGACGAGUCGAAGCGUAUUAUGAGCUCGGUGGAGGUGAUUGUUGAAGACAGGCCCUUGUUGAAUAACGAGGAGAUGUUGUCAACGGCCAUUCCAGGUGCACAAGUCACGGCUUUCCUCGGCAUCAAGCCGGUGAGAUGUUCGAGCUUCCAAGCCUCCGGCUGCGAGCUGGAGGAUAUUCGGGUGGUGGAAAUUCCAGCAGGAGAGCAGGUUGAAGCAGGCGCAUUCCACGGCUGCACAUCUUUGGUGAGUGUAACAAUCCCGGACUCCACGAAAGUGAUUCAAGAACAGGCUUUCGCAGACUGCAGCUCGCUGAUAUCUGUGACCAUCCCUAACUCCGUCACUGAGAUUCAAGAUGAUGCCUUUUCAAACUGCAGCUCAUUGACAAGCGUGACUAUCCCCGACUCGGUUGCCGCCAUUGGAUGCGCAGCCUUCUUUGGUUGCGGCUCUUUGACAAGCGCAAGCAUUCCGCACUCAGCUGCACCGCUCUGACCGUCAUCGUGCUUCCCCGCUCCAUGCUUGAGAUUGAAGUACGUGUUUUCAAACAGUGCACCUCGUUAGCAAAGGUUGCCAUCCCCAACUGCGUGACCCGGAUUGAAGAUGAAGCCUUUGAAGACUGCCCCUCGUUGACAAGCUUCACCAUCCCUGAGUCCGUGGCGAGCAUAGGGCGUAGAGCCUUCUUCGGCUGCAGCUCGUUGACAAGCAUAUCCCUUCCAAGCUCCCUCAAAAAGAUUGGAAAGGAAGUCUUCUCAGGCUGCGCGUUGACAAGUGUAGCUAUCCCUGGUUCUGUCGUUCAGAUUGGAUGUGGAGCCUUCUCAGACUGCAGUUUGUUGGCAAGCGUGAGCAUCUCCAACUCCAUCCCGCAGAUUGCAGAUGAAGCCUUUCGCAACUGCAUCGCGUUGACCAGCGUGACCAUCCCGGAUUCUGUCCUCUACAUUGGAAUUGCAGCCUUUGCAGGCUGCAGCGCGUUGACAAGCGUGACCAUCCCCCACUCCGUGACUGAGAUCGCAGAAUUUGCUUUCAGUGGCUGCAGCUCGUUGACAGGCUUGACCAUCCCCGAUUCUGUCACGAAGAUUGGGCGCCAAGCCUUUUCCGGCUGCAGCUCGUUGGCGAGCCUGACCAUCCCCGACGUCGCUGAUAUUGCGGAUGAUGCCUUUCCGGCCGGCGCCCCGCAAACGCAAGCCAAGGCGGAUUUGUGAGGCGCUCUCGCCCCUUUCUGGCCGGAAGCCUGCGCAUUCCUGGUUCUCGGCAGCCGGCGAAGGAUGUGAGCGGAU